GUAUAAACGCAGUCCUUUUACCGUUUACGUGUUUUGAUGUUUAACCGCGCUUCCAUCGUUUCCCCGCUCGCCCCAGACUGAACCUGGGGAAGAACGACCUCUUGACCUUCUACGACGGGGACGACCUGACGGCGAACAUCCUGGGUCAGUACGGCGGCUCGCGGCCGCACUUCAAGCUGUUCACGUCCAUGUCCGACGUCACCGUGCAGUUCCAGUCCGACCCGGCCACCAACAUCUACGGCUACAACAACGGCUUCGUGGUGCACUUCUUUGAGGUGGCCCGUAACGACACCUGCUCGGAGCUGCCGGAGAUCAGCAACGGCUGGAAGAGCACGUCCCACCCGGACCUGAUCCACGGCACGGUGGUCACCUACCAGUGCUACCCCGGGUUCGAGCUGGGAGGGGCCGAGAUCCUCAUGUGCCAGUGGGACCUCAGCUGGAGCGCGGACGUCCCCCGCUGCGACCAGGUGCUGACGUGUCCGGACCCUGGGGCGGUGGAGCAUGGCCGCCGCACGCUGUCGGCCCAGCGGCUCUCGGUGGGCUCCACCGUGCAGUACGCCUGUCAGAAGGGCUACCUGCUGGCCGGCGCCGCCGUGCUCACCUGCUGCCGCCGGGACGCCGCCAAGCCCAAGUGGAGCGACCGGCUGCCCAAGUGUGUCCCGGAGCGCUACGAGCCGUGCAGGAACCCCGGCGCCCCGUCCACUAGCGUGCAGAGCUCCGAGAAGGCCUUCUACCAAGCGGGGGAGUCGCUCACCUUCUCCUGCCACCCCGGCUACGAGCUGCAGGGGGAGCCCGCCAUCGCCUGCGUCCCGGGACACCCAUCCCAGUGGAACAGCACGCCGCCCGCCUGCAAAGCUUCAACCAGCAAGUUUGUGAACGAGCGAAGGCUGGACGUGGCCAGCCCGGAGCUGGACCUGGAGGGCUCCAACGUGGCGCUGGUGGUGUUGGUCCCGGCCGUGGUGGUGCUGCUGGCCGUCCUGGCCGUCUACGUCUACUUCACCAAACUACAGGGGAAGUCGGUCCGAAUGCCGUCGUCGCUGCCGCCCUACGACAACAUGACGGAGGAGUCGGCGUUCGACAACCCCGUGUACGAGAGAGGCCACCGGAAGACCCACUCGACCUACUAACUGCCCCCCCCCCCCCCCCCGGGCCCCACCCAGGAGGCCGAAAGACUUUGAGGGGACCCUGGCCAUCCCCCCCCCCCCCCCCCCACUCCAGAGGCUGAUGCUCCAACCUAACAUGGAGGCCUGCUCAUCCUGCAGCCAUCGUAUCGACUACCUCUCUCAACCUCGCCGCCAUCUUCUCGUCCUCCCGUCGUUUAUUAUUCAACGUUCCCGACGCGACACUCCGAUCAGCAUCCGACCGAACCAAAUUAUUCUGUGGCGGAUUAAUUCAUCAGCGCCAUAGGUUUAACUUUCUCUUCGUUUCAGUCUUGUUUUCCACUCUGCUUCACCCUGUUUUAAUACCUUUACGGAAUAUCGUUUUUUUCUUCUCUCACUGUUAGAAUAAGGUUUGCUAUAAGGCGUUUGUUUCCCCCUCACUGCCCGCAUCUCCAGGCUGUACUAGAUUGUGUUCCAUGUUUCUGUCCUUUAACAAACCACUCUGUGCUUAUCGUGGAUUUUUCUGGGGAAAGUUUAUUCUUUUUAUUACUUGUUGUUGGGAUUGCAGGUUUUCAUUUGUUUUAACACCAAAAGAGAGAAACAGAGAGCAGGUGGAGUGGACCAACUUUUCAGUUUAACGACGUACCUGUAACGUUCAGAAGACACGAUCACCUUGUCAUGCUAACUGUGCAACUCUUUCAUUUUCCCUGUCUUGAUCUGUUUAUGUAUUUAUUUGAUUUGACUGCGGUUUAGUUAUCCAGUACAGAGAACAGAAAGACUCGGGGAGGCUCCGCGGAGAAUGAACUUUCCAGUCUUGUAUUUUAGACAAUCUUUUCUUUAGCACAAGAACCAGGAGUACCCAUCAGAGACUGAAGACUGGAACCUAUCCCGACGCAGACCCCACCACCCCACGGAGACGCUGGGGUGGAGAGGAGAGACAUUUUUUGUUUGUUCCCUAAAGACCGGAGAGGAGAGAGGGUUUAAAGCUCAAAGACCGGCCUGGAAGAGAGAGGUGAGAGGGUUUAAAGGUUGAAGAGGGCCUGGAAGAGAGAGAAGAGAGGGUUUAAAGGUUGAAGAGGGCCUGGAAGAGAGAGAAGAGAGGGUUGAAGAGGGCCUUGAAGAGAGAGAAGGAGAGGAGUGAGGGUUUGAAGCUUGAAGACCGGGAGUUGAGGGUUUGAAGGUUGAAGAGCAGGGAGGUGGAGGGUUUGGAGGUUGAGGACCAGGGAGGUGGAGGGUUUGGAGGUUGAGGACCAGGGAGGUGGAGGGUUUGGAGGUUGAAGACCCGGUUGGUGGAGGGUUUGGAGGUUGAGGACCCGGUUGGUGGAGGGUUUGGAGGUUGAAGACUGGGGUGGUGGAGGGUUUGGAGGUUGAGGACCCGGUUGGUGGAGGGUUUGGAGGUUGAGGACCCGGUUGGUGGAGGGUUUGGAGGUUGAGGACCCGGUUGGUGGAGGGUUUGGAGGUUGAGGACCCGGUUGGUGGAGGGUUUGGAGGUUGAGGACCAGGGAGGUGGAGGGUUUGGAGGUUGAGGACCCGGUUGGUGGAGGGUUUGAAGCCAGCACCGCAUCGCAUCGCCUGCUGAGAACGGAGCAUUCUUCUGAGUAGCCAAACAUUUCGUUAAUAGGAAAGGCGAUGAAGCGAAUAAUGUGAAUUAAAAAAGCGACAAUGGGGCUGAAUUACUUGUACUGCUCAUUCUAAUGGAAAUAAAGUAUUUUAAACGUG